AUGGGACGGCAUUCCCUCUCUCUCAAGCAGAAACUGAGGAAAGGAUUGUGGUCUCCAGAAGAGGAUGAGAAACUCUACAACCACAUUAUUAAAUAUGGAGUUGGCUGCUGGAGCAGUGUGCCAAAAUUAGCAGGAAUUCUUCAACUCUCCCCCCCCCCCCCCCCCCCCCCCAAUCUGAACCAAUCGAUUUUUCAUGCAGGAUUGCAGCGGUGUGGCAAGAGUUGUAGGCUCAGAUGGAUCAACUACCUGCGUCCGGAUGUCAAAAGAGGGAAUUUCUCUUGGCAAGAAGAGGAUUUGAUCAUAAGACUGCAUGAAAUUAUGGGCAACAGAUGGUCACGAAUUGCAUUGCAGUUGCCCGGAAGAACUGAUAACGAGAUCAAGAACUACUGGAAUUCACAUCUAAGUAAGAAGCUCCUACAGAUGGGAAUUGAUCAGAGCACCCACAAGGCACUGACUGAAGUAGGAGUGCGAGAAGAAGCCAUGAAUGCUCUUUGCUCAAAUGCUAAAAGUUCUUCCGUUGAGGAAUCACCAUUGCUGUCUUCCUUAGGCCCAUUCCCAUUGCUUGAAUUUCCAACAUGUUCGUAUUCGAUGGAGACUUUUAAUGUGAAUAUUGACAGCCGACUCCAGCAGAACAUUGGGCUUUUAGGAGGCGUCUUGGAUGCCUCAGAUAAAUUAGGUCUUGGAAACACUUCAAGCAAUCGAAGUUCUGAUAGGAACUGCAACUUUAAACUAGAAGAGAUGAUUGUGGUAGAUGAAGCAGCUACUCAUUUAAGGAUUAAUGAGGUGGAAGCUCAUGAAUAUAAGUGUAAUAUCUGGCAGGAGACCUUUAAUCUGGAUUUCUUCUAGUUUAUUGAAGCUUUGUUUCUGUGUUCAUUCACUUGGAAAGCUUGGAAAGAUGCUUUGGAA